UUCAGGUUUGGUGAGUUUGGUAAAAACGCCUGGAGAGCAAACAAUAAUAAACAACGUAAACAACUUUCCACAUAACAUAGUUGCAUAUUCCGCAAAUGAUUUGCUGCAUUUCUAUUUACUUUGUGACAAGUUUGGUAAAGUCAAAUGCUAGGACAACCUUCGCCAUUUCAAUUUGAACAUUUUCUCAGCCUAAGCUGUCGCUCUUAUAUUAACGAAACCAAGCCCAUCUCAAUAAAUUUGCAAAUAUGGCCGAACUGAACAGCUUUUUCAGCUUGAAGACGGAUAUUAAGAGAGAACCAGGCCCAUCUGGAUAUGUAUCCUCAAGGCGAAUUCCUAAAGCUGAACCUAUCCAACCCGUCAAGCGAAACUUCGUUGGCACGGAAUAUGGCGAAGAGGAGCGCAGAGCUGAAUUGGAUAAUAUGAAAAAAUUCGCCGAAUUCGAGUCUACAGCUAAACGACGCAAAUACCAAUCAGAUGAAGAAAGCAGUAAUGAAGGUGCAUCAACUAUUGCGACGAUGGACCGUAUUGACGACGUGUACAAUCGCUACGAUUUCACCAGAACGUUACCGGACCUACCUAUCAUCGAAAUGAAGGAUCUUAUUCUGGAGACAAUUAAAGCAAAUCCAGUUGUUAUUUUAGAAGGGGCAACUGGUUGCGGAAAGAGUACUCAGGUUCCACAAUUUAUAUUAGACGAUGGGUUUAAGAGGAAGAAAAGUGUGAAUAUAAUCGUGACACAACCGAGACGAAUUGCAGCUAUAUCUAUUGCCAACAGAGUUGCGAAAGAGCGAGGUCUACCAAAUUUGCCACAUUUGAUUGGCUAUCAGAUUGGACUCAGCGUAAAAACGAACGCCGACACACGCAUUACGUUUUGCACGACUGGCGUUCUGUUGGAGAAAUUAGUUGCCUGUGGGACGUUGUCCAAUUAUACCCACAUUAUUCUGGAUGAAGUUCAUGAACGAAGCCAAGACAUGGAUUUUCUGUUCAUUGUAAUCAAGAAAUUGUGGCUAACGGCUCCGAACGUUAGAAUCAUUUUGAUGUCGGCUACAAUUGAAGCUGCUGAGUUCGCAGCUUACUUUAGUAACUACUCCGGAGGCCCUAACAAUGAACAAAAACCUGCUCCAAUAAUCAAAGUCGACAAAAAAACAAACUUUCAGGUCCAAUCAUUCACCUUAGACGAUCUCUCCAAAAUAAUUAUCGACAAGAGUAUAACGUUCGAACUUAGUAAUCCGGAAAUGAAAGAGGAAAUGUACCUGACAGCCCUUCGGUUGAUAAUCAUUUUUGAUCGAAUCGAUAACACAGACGAAUUACGACUGAACAAAAAGCCGACCAUUUUGAUAUUUCUACCCGGCUAUUAUGAGAUCGGUUAUAUGGGCAAACUCAUAGCGGAAUAUGCCAGAAUUCUACAGGAGGACCCAAUCGUCGUACUUUUACAUUCAAUGAUUACACACGAAGAGCAGGCGAGAGCGAUGAAAACACCACCGGCUGAUAAAAGAAUGAUCAUUUUAGCGACAAAUAUUGCAGAAAGUUCGAUUACGGUUCCGGAUGUUAAAUAUGUUAUCGACUUUUGCUUAACGAAACACAACAUAAUCGAUACAACCACCAAUAUAACCUCAUUACAAUUGGCAUGGUGUUCACGAAGCAGUUGCCGUCAACGUGCUGGACGCACUGGCCGUACAAUGAAUGGCCGUGUCUAUCGCUUGGUUCCAAAAGAUUUCUAUGAGAAUCAAAUGGACGAAACUAGCAAACCGGAAAUGGUGCGAUGUCCGUUGGAAAAGGUUGUACUUAAAGCGAAACAGCUCAAUAUGGGAUCGCCGUGCACAGUGAUUGCGUGGGCAAUGGAUCGACCGACCAAGUAUGAUAUUGAAAAUACGAUACUGUUGCUGAAGGAAGCUGGUGCAAUGUUGCGUACUGCGGAGGGUCAUCAUUCGGAUGAUGAUGGGGAUAUUACACUGAUCGGACAUGUGAUGACGGCACUGCCCGUUGACUUUCUUAUUGCUAAGCUGAUAGUGCUUGGAUUUUGUUUUAAUGUCUUGUCGGAGUGCAUUAUCAUUGGUGCCGGUCUCACUACCAAAAGCAUUUUUCAGCAAGGAACCAAGAAUGUCGUCCGAUUCUAUUCGAAAAAAAUGGUUUGGUCCGACGGUUCUGGCAGUGAUCUGUUUGCAAUCCUGAAAGCGUACAACGCAUAUGCCGAUCGUAUAAAAAAGCAACAAGAAAUUAAGAAUUGGGCGGAUCGCUAUUACCUGAACGAAAGGUCAUUAAGUGAAAUGUCAGAUUUGAUUAAGGAUAUCAAAGAACGUUUGGAUCGGUUCGGCAUCAAAGACAAUGAGGAGACGAACAGAACGAAUUGGACCUCGACCGAAAAGUCGUUAAUAUUGAAAGUGGUCAUUGCGGGAGCAUUCUAUCCCAAUUAUUUCGUCCAUUCAUCGUCAGAAAUGGAACAGCGGGAAAUAUCUCGUGUCCUCAACGGUCGUGAUCCGUCGAAUACAGUAUACUUUACAGGCUUCCCGGAGAAGUACAUUCGUCCUUUGUACGUUAAAUCGAUAACUAAGCUGAUGAGUCCCUGCACAAAUUUGCGGGAAAACAUACAGGUCAGCUUCGACGAAGGAACCGAAAAAGUUUUCGUUUCGUUCAACCAAACAAGAAUGUCGAUAGAAGCGAAUACAGAUGCUGAUCUCAAUGUUGUUGAAAUGGGUCCGGAGGAAACGUGCAUUGAAGUGUACAAAGCACUGAAAUUGAAAAAGUCCUCAAAGCAGUUGGUGCUUCGUGUUAUGCAUCCCUUUGAUGCACAGAAAUUUGCCGAAGAAAUGGGUGUUGGUUCGUUGGUCCAAGGCAAGUGGAUAUGCAAGAAGAAAACAAUCGAAAAUAUCGAAAUGCUCUGUCUACCGCGAAAGGAUGUGAGAAGAGUGAAGGGAAAAAUUACUCAUUACGACACCAAUUUCAACCGCUUCUGGUUUCGUUCUUCUGAAGAGGAGAAAUAUUUCCGCGUCAUACAAUCGGAACUGAAUUCAUCGAAAGAUAUUGAAGAAUUCCAGACUUACGAUGAUAUCGAAAUUGGGCAAGUAGUUGCUGCGUUUUACGACGGAGUGUACAAUCGUGCUAAAGUGUUGUUAGCUAUUGAAGGAGCUGACACCGUUCUAUACCAUGUAAUGUUGCUGGACAUUGGCUCGGACGUUAUGGUGGAAUUCAGUGAAUUGCGACGGUUACGUGGUGUGUCUGCACAGUACACGGACAUACCACCACGCGUUUUCGAAUGUCGCUUAGCAUUUAUCCAACCAUCUGAAAUGCAUUCGCAUCGAUACGAAUGGCAGUCCAUAAUGGCUGAAUUUCAAAAAUUAAUUUCCGACGAAAUAACAACCGUCGAGAUUUACUCCGUGGAGAGGGGUGUCGCCAGCGUUUCCAUCUACAUAGACGAUCAAACCGUGCAAAACUUUUUAAUCGGUGAAGGAUUUGCCCGUGCGACGGACGAAAAUUUCAUGUCAAAAUUGGACCACGAUCAGAGGAUUAAAAAACAGAAAGAAAUUGGUGGCCGGUAUGACGACGAAUGUGAUGCGAUGGAAGAAGAAAUGCGAAAAAUGAUGCCCAUCGAAGAGGCAUGCGAAACAGAAGAACCAAAUAUGUCGACGAGACACAUUACUGUGACAUUAAACGGACCGAAAAGUCCGUUGGAAUGCGAAUUAUCUUCUAGCUUGCAUCAGUCAAAAUAUCAAUCGAAACACGUUAUCGUUGAUACGCAUUCUGUGAAUUCGAUUUUGCUGAAAGCUAACCCUCAGGAUACAUUCGAGAAGUAUGUGGUUGCUGCUAGCGUAACUCAAAGCCAAAGAGAAAGUAAAUUGACCGUUCAUGAAACAUCGCUUAUGCCAAGUAUUCCCGGUUUUGGACCUCUAAUGGCAUUGCUAUUCAGUCCGUAUUGUGAAUUCUUCCGCGACAGUUACAAGUCACGGUACACUGCUAUCCUUUGCGGCUUGGGCGAACAUCCGAGCACUAAGCAACCAAUUUACGGUGAACAUGAUGCCGUUUUCAAUUUAGAUGUGGAAAUUGAUUCGACCGACAUCGAAACAAUCAAUCGAUGUCGUGUUAUUAUGGAUACGUUUCUGCAAAUGAAACCUGACCAAAAGCAGCCAAAAGUGAUGGAAUGGAAUCGUCAUGAUCUAACUUCGAAGAUAAAGACUGAAAUUCUGUCACUUCUCGAAAAACAACGUCCACUUAUGGGAAUCUCUUAUAACUCUGACAUGCGAUGGUCAAAAUAUCAUCCCAACGACUUGAUUAGAGCCAAGAGUGUAUUCCCAUUAACGGCCAUAUUUCCCACCCACAACAUUCUCAGUUUAGCUGCCGCAGACUCGCCGGACCGACUGUACUAUCAUCAUGAUUUAGUUGAAAAUAACAAAGAGUUGCAUCAAACGUCUAAGUCAGAUGUAGCCUUGAGACGUCCUGUAAACUGUAGAUUAUGUCUAAUGGAAUUGGAUACCGUUGCGGAUUUGAAGAUUCAUCUGUAUUCCCGUCUCCAUUCAGAACGUGAAAAGAAAAUUCUGUCGGGACAUUGAAAUUAUUUUAAGAAUUUUUUUGCUUGAAAUAUAACUGUUGGACAACUCAA